CCUGCCUCGCGGAGGGAGGGCAAUUUAACGUGAGACGGAACCCACGGAUCAUGCAGGCUUUAACCUGUGCGCUGCUCGUAGCAGCGGCAAAUGGCUUCUAUAGCCCGCAGCAAAAAGCAAAGGUCGCGCCGCGCGCCCUAGCCCGCGCUGCCAAAGAAGGGCAAGCUGCAGCAGGUGAAAAGCAGCGCAUCGUGCAGCGCAGCGUCGUCAAAACACGUCAACUACACCAUGAAUUGCGAAUCUACGACGAUAGCCAACAGCGCGCGUAACGAUUUCCGCCGAAACAAAACGCGCGCCGAACGCAGGUCGUCGUCGGCAAUGGCAUGGUCGGCCAGCGCCUCGUCGAGCUCUGCGCCGACAAGCUCGCGGAGCGGGGCGCCAGCGACGACGUGGACAUCGUGAGCUUCUGCGAGGAGCGCCUCGCCGCCUAUAAUCGAGUUAGAUUAACAUCGUGGUUCGAGACGCGCGACGCCGACGACCUGAGUUUGGUGGGCUCCUACAAGGACGCGCCGCAGGGCGAGUGGUACGCGAGCGAGGAGCGGCCGAACUGCAAGGUACGCGUCGGCGACCUCGCGACGGGCUUGGAUGUGGACAAAAAGACCGUGGCCUGCGGCGACGAGCUGGUCUCCUACGACAAGUGCGUCCUCGCGACGGGCAGCUACCCCUUCGUGCCGCCUAUCCCGGGCAAGGACCUGCCGGGCGUCUUCGUCUACCGGACGAUCGACGACCUCGAGGCGCUCGUGGCCUACCAGAAGGCGCACGGUGCGCGCGCGGCGCGGAACCUUCUUCGCGGCGACGGCGCCGGGGCGAGAGCGGGCCGCGUCGAGGGACGAGAGGACAACACCGACGCCGCCGAGGCGAGAGAAGACCUCAACCACGCAAAAACGCAGGCGUCAAGUCCGCAGCCGUCAUCGGCGGCGGCCUCCUCGGCUUGGAGGCGGCCAAGGCCAUGCACGAUUUGGGCAUGAAGACGCACAUUCUGGAGUACGCGCCCAUCCUCAUGUGCCGCCAGAUCGACCAGGGCGGCCACGACGCGCUCGUGGGCAUGGUCGAGGAUCUGGGCUUGGAGGUGCACUGCGACGCCCGCACGAAGGCCUUCGAGGCCGAUGCUGACGGUAGGGUCUCUCGUGUGACGUUCGAGACCGAGGGCUGGGAUGAUCUAGAUGUCGGCAUCGUGGUGGUCAGUGCUGGAAUAAGACCGCGCGACGAGGUCGCGCGCGACGCCGUCGAGUGUCAUGAACGAGGCGGCGUUGUUGUUUCUGACACGUUACAAACCUCAGACAAGGACGUCUACGCGGUCGGCGAGGUGGCCUUACACGGCGGCAUGAUUUACGGCUUGGUCGCGCCGGGCUACGCCAUGGCCGAGGUCGCGGCGGACCACCUCGUGGCGGAUUUACUAGGUGAAGAGGCCUCUUCGACCUUCGAGGGCGCGGAUCUAAGCACGAAGCUCAAGUUGCUCGGCUGCGACGUCGCCAAUUUUGGGGAGGCGAGUGGCGAUGAAGCUCUAGUCUGGGAGGACAAGCUGUCGCGGACCUACCGCAAGCUCUUCUUCUCCAAGACUGACGAGGGCUGGGUGUUGGCAGGAGGUAUCUUAGUAGGUGAUGCUGAUGAUUAUGCGGAGUUGCUGGCAUUAUCCAAGUCUGGUUCGGUAGUCGAGGAGCCCGCCUCACUGUUAACACCACUUAAGAUGAGAGGCGCCGGUGCACUGGAAGUCGACGACAGCGACCCGGCGAAACAAAUCUGCUCGUGCAAUGCCGUGUCGCGCGGCGACUUGGAGACCUUCAUCCAGGCCACGGGCGAAGAAACGACCUACGCGGAGAUCAAGAAGUGCACGAAGGCCGGUUCCGGCUGCGGCGGCUGCGAGCCGGACGUCAAGAAGAUUUUGAAGGUCGAGCUCGAGAAGAUGGGGGCCACGGUGAAUAACAACCUGUGCGCGCACUUCGACUACUCGCGGCCGGAGCUCGUGGCGAAGAUUCGCUUGGACGAGCAGAAUUUUAAGAGUUUCGAUGAAGUGCUGGCCGCGCACGGCCACGGCGACGGCUGCGAGAUCUGCAAGCCGGCCGUUGCUUCGAUUCUAGCGUCGCUGCACAACGAGAAAGUCUUGGAGGGAGAUAGGGCGGCUCUCCAGGAUACGAAUGAUAGGUCGCUGGCGAACAUGCAGCGCGGCGGCUCCUACUCUGUGGUACCUCGGGUGCCGGGCGGCGAGAUUUUACCAGAACAACUCAUCGUGCUAGGAGAGGUGGCCAAGAAGUACGACCUCUACUCCAAGAUCACCGGAGCGCAGCGCGUCGAUCUAUUUGGCGCGGCGAAGGCGGAUCUGCCGUCCAUCUGGGCCGACCUGGGCAAGGUCGGCUUCGAGUCCGGCCACGCCUACGGCAAGGCCCUGAGAACGGUCAAGAGUUGCGUCGGUUCGAGCUGGUGCCGGUACGGGGUCCAGAACUCGGUCGACUUUGCUAUUACGGUGGAGAACCGCUACAAGGGGUUACGAUCCCCGCACAAGAUGAAGUCCGCCGUGUCGGGCUGCACGCGCGAAUGCGCGGAAGCCCAGUGCAAAGAUUUCGGAAUGAUAGCUACUGAACAUGGCUACGAUUUAUAUGUCGCGGGAAACGGUGGCAUGAACCCGCGGCACGGUGCGUUGUUAGCGUCUGGUAUUGACGAGGCCACUACCUUAAAGUAUAUCGAUCGUUUCCUGAUGUACUACAUCCUCACGGCCGAGCGGUUGGAGCGGACGGCGCCGUGGUUCGAGCGCUUAGCUUCCACAGACGAAGCUAGACUGAAAGCUCUCCAAGAUGUCAUCAUCGACGACUCCCUGGGUAUUUGCGACGAGCUCGACAAGCGCAUGGAGCACCACCUCGCGACGUACCACGACGAGUGGGCGGAAGUCGUCAAGAACCCGGACAAGUUCGCCCACCUCUUCAAGCAGUUCGCGAACACCGACGAGGUCCAGCCGGCCGACGAGAUGAUUGAAUUUGUGGAGACGCGGGGCCAGCGCCGACCAGUGGACUGGCCCGCGGACGGCGAGGCCCAGACGAACUGGCGGCCGCCCUCUCUCAGUGUUUUCGAGCGGUCGGAGCACUCGUGGCAGGACUUCGGGCCCGCGGACGCGUUCCAGCCGAACCUAGGUACCGCGGUUUUAUAUGGCAAGACGCAGCUGGCCGUCUUCAAGCUCAAGGACGGGUCUGUGUUUGCCACGCAAAACAUGUGCCCGCACAAGCAGGCGUUUGUCCUGGCGCAGGGCAUCGCGUCGGACGGCGAGGUCCCGAAGGUCGCCUGCCCGCUGCACAAGAAGCAGUUCGACCUGUCGAGUGGCAAGGAGAUCAACGGCGGCGACCUGGAGAUCGUGACCUUCGAGGCCAAGGUCCAGGACGGCCGCAUGAUGCUCCACCUGCCGCCGCGCGACGAGGUCGACGCGGUCCUCGCGACGGACAAGCUGCGGGUGUGCUCGGAGGCGCCCGUCGAGGAGCCGGUCUUCUCGCGCUGAAUCACAUCGUUAUCCCUGUGUAUCCCCCAUCCUUCCCGUGGACAUAAUUCCCUUGAUCGUUAA